AUAACCUUAAGAGUAACAUAUUGCAUUGAAAGUAACAUAUGGCUUUAAUAUUAGUUAAUAUAACAGCUUACCUUUUGCAAAUAGUCCUAUAAAAAUAUAAGACAUGGAUAAAUGUGUAGGAGGAUGGAUUAUAGUUUGUGUGCUGUUUUACAGGUGUUAUUGUAACUAGCUGACGUAAAUUUAUAUAUAUAUAUAAGGUACACGUAUACCAGUAGCCAGUCAUUUUAUUAUACACAAAAUGACUGACCCAUCAUCCAGGAUCACAUGCAGCUGGUGUCGUUACCUCACGUCAACCCCCAGCACCCCAGUCACCGUCACUCUCUCUCUGAAGUGCGUGAUUAUUGUAGUUAUUCUGUUGGUUCUCUACACUAUUGCUCUGAUAAUGUUUCUGGAGCUGCGACAUUCAAACAUACAUCACACUCCGUCAAUACUCAAAAACCAGAAGCUGGAUUCAAUAUACCCUUCGCUUGUGUCUGCAGCUUCUUCGUAUGGCAGCUUUCAACAGAACGCAGAUGACCAUGGCAGCCCAUCGACUCAGCGCUACCACUAUGGUAUUGUGAUUGAUUGUGGGAGCAGUGGUAGUCGCGUGUAUGUAUAUCAAUGGCCAACACAUUCCGGAAACCCUAAUGAACUCCUACACAUCUCUCAGCUUCGGGAAACAUCUGGAGAGCCAGUAGUGAAGAAGAUCACACCAGGUUUAUCAACAUUUGCUUCUAAUCCAUCUGCAGCAAGCAAAUAUCUACAUCCAUUGUUAUCCUAUGCUGCCAAAAAUAUACCAGAAGGGAAACAUUCUGAGACCCUGUUAUAUAUUCUUGCCACUGCUGGCAUGAGAGUUUUGCCUGCAAGUGCCCAAGCCAGUAUUUUGGAAGAACUGCAAACAUCCAUACCAAAGUAUUUCAAAUUUGUUGUGGCUAAGAAUAAUUUUGAAGUUAUCACUGGCAAACAAGAAGGUGUCUAUGGUUGGAUUGCUGUCAACUAUAUCUUAAACAAGUUUGCUCAUGGCAUUGAAGUUAACUGUGAUGCUGGAACUCAAGGAGAAAACUUCAACACUAUUUCACACGUCAUAAAUUUAUCUGUGCCUCCAAACAAGGUCAAUUUGUCUGAAAAGACCCUUAAUGGCAUUAACCAGCAGGUGAACUCUUCACUCACUGCCUCACCUGUCUCCAACACUAAUUACUUAACAGAUCAUCCUCUUGUAGUUGUUGACGUCUCUAGUCAAACAGGAAGUGUGACACCUCACAUUAGGCGGCGAACAGUUGGUGUUAUUGACAUGGGUGGUGGUUCCAUGCAGAUUGCCUUUGAGGUUAUCAAAAGUGUGAAGUUUGAUUUUACCAAGGAGGAUUUGGCAAAAGACUUAAUGGCAGAAUUUAAUCUUGGCUGUAGAAGUUUUGAUCUUGACCACAACUACCAACUUUAUGUGUCUACUUUUCUGGGUUUUGGGGCCAACUCUGCUCGGCGGCGUUAUGAAGAAAUGUUGCUAAACGAUGGGACUAACAGCUCUCAAGGCUUUGACAAACUAAGCCCCGUUCCUGACCCUUGCCUUCCAUUGGGACUACUCUAUACUUCUGCGACCAACACUCAACAAAAGACCUUUUUCAUUGGGCUCGGUGACUAUGCACUGUGCCGUAGGAACAUCUUUCCCCUGCUCAAUGUCACUGUCCCCUGCCAGAAGAAACCCUGCUCUAUGAACGGUAUUUACCAGUCAGACAUAAACUUCCACAACAGUGAAUUUUAUGGCUUCUCAGAGUUCUGGUAUUCCAUGGAAGAUGUCUACCGCAUUGGAGGGCACUAUAAUGCAGACAUAUUUGACAAGAUCUCAGUUAAACACUGUGCUACAAGAUGGGCCAAAUUGGAAGAAUGGUUCCUCAAGAAACUUUAUCCAAAAUCUGAUAUUUUGCGUCUCAAGUUGCAGUGUUUCAAAGCAGCAUGGAUGUCUCUGGUUCUUCACGAUGGCUUGAAGUUUCCAAGGACUUACCGCCAUUUCUACUCCACACAGAAGAUUGAUGGUAAAGAUGUCCAAUGGACACUGGGAGCCCUCAUUCAUCGCACAAGAUAUCUGCCUCUCAGGCACACCAAUUUACGGUUUGGGAACUACUGGACUAGAUAAAGACCAGUUGCAGUGGGAGGAGUUGAAUCUCAUAAGAAUGGAAAAACAAACAGCAACAAAUGAAUUGUACCUUAUAAUAAGACUCUUUUAAGAGCAUUCAAAUGCCACUGCAACGUUGAAAUCGUUGCUUCGGUGAGGUAAACUAAGUACGUCAUCAAGUACAUGCUGAAAGGAAAUGACCAAACUGUUGAUCCAAUAAAGAAUGAUUAUGAAAUUAGUCGAUAUAGGUAUAUUGGACCAUCUGAAGCAGUUGCAUCCAUUUUAGGAUUCUGAAUGCAUGAAAGAGUCCCUGCAAUAGUGAGACUGCAAAUUCAUCUACCAGAUGAACAAAGAAUAUUGGUCAGAAAUAAUGAGGAUAUAUAUGGUUGUCAAUGAAUGACAUAUGAGAACAACAUUGACAGAAUUCUUUUCAUUGUGCAUCAAUGAUGACUUUGCAAAAACAUUAUUUUAUGCUGAAGUACCCAUGUAAUUCACAUGGAACAGUAGUAACAAACAAUUGCAAAAAAGAAAGUAAAGAAAAAUGUUAAAGGCCAUUUGACCAUUUUCAAAGAAGAAACACUUGGUCAUGUUUAUGUUGUCACACCAAAGGCAGGAGAGCUGUAUCAUUUAAGAAUUUUAUUGCAUUAAGUUCAAAAUAGUAAUUUUUCAUUUGCCGCCAUGUAUCGACAUUUUCAACUCGGAGUAGUUAUGACCCAACGGGUUAUGGAUACAUCUAGUAUAUAUAUGCAUAUAUAUGAGAAUAUAAAAAUAAAAUAAAUGUUUCCUUCUCAAGCCAUGCCAGGAUCCUGAGGACCGUAUAUAUAUUCCCCACCUGGACGGGAUGCUGGUCCGUCACAAGAUUACUCAUUUUUGCCAGCUGAGUGGGCUGGAGCAACAUGAAAUGAAGUGUUUUGAUCAAGAACACAACGCAUCGCCCGGUCCAGGAAUCGAAAUCACAAUCUUAUGAUCAUGAGUCCAACACUCUGACCACUAAGCCACAUGCCUCCACUAUAUGAGAAUAAGAUAGCAGAAAAUAGUUGAAGAUUGAACUUAUGAGAACUUAAUGUCAAGCAAAAAUGAAAGAUGAGUUUGUAGAGACGCCUUUAUAGCAGACGACAUUUCCGGAGAGUUUAUCCACGCAUGCACAGGGACUCGUUCCGGAAGGAAUACAGGAAGAGUCUCAUGCGCAUGCGUGGUCAUCGACAUCCAAGCUUUCGCGCUUCUUUUCACUCUCUUUGUUCGCUGAUCUCCCUAGAGCCUAGACGUCUAACAGGGCUCUCUCACAACCCAGCACCAGAGCUACACAAAUAACCACGAACUUCAUUGACGGCGUCUCAGUAACCGAAGGCGACGAGCUACCGAAUUCCCCUGUAAAUAAAUAUUGUUGUGUUGUUCAGAAUCUGCGUUCCGUUGUCUUCUUCAAGAAGUUUAAUGUACGGAAGCGAGUACACCUAAUGAUGUAUGACCACUUCCCUACAAGUUCAAAUGUGUGACUGUUUCAAAAUUGUAUAUCAUUUUUUGUGUGGUGGUGGUGGUGGUGGUAGUAGUGAUGAAGGUCUAAUUAUGAAGACCAUUUGUUUGUAAAUAUAUACUGUAGCCUGGUCUAGUCAUUGCUGACAAGGGGCUGUAUACACAACAAUAUUAACUCGGAACAAUCAGGCAGCCUCUGGGCAGUCGUUUAACCUGGUAAACCUAUCUCUUGUAAAUCAUAGAACUUAUUGUCUUAAAAAAAAAAGAUGAGGAUAUUGGAUCAUUUAAUUCUUGAUACACUAUGCCUGACAAGGAUCGCGGUUUCGAUUCCCAGACCGAGCGUUGUGAGUGUUUAUUGAGCGAAAGCACCUAAAGCUCCACGAGGCUCCGGCAGGGGAUGGUGGCGAAACCUGCUGUACUCUUUCACCACAACUUUCUCUCACUCUUACUUCCUGUUUCUGUUGUGCCUGUAAUUCAAAGGGGCCAGCCUUGUCACUCUGUGUCAUGCUGAAUAUCCCCGAGAACUACGUUAAGGGUACACGUGUCUGUGGAGUGCUCAGCCACUUGCACGUUAAUUUCACGAGCAGGCUUGUUCCGUUGAUCGGAUCAACUGGAAUCCUCGAUGUUGUAAGCGACGGAGUGCCAACAACAACAUGCCUAACAAA